UUGACGGUGUCUGCAUCAAUCCGCUCAUGAGAGGAUGGAUCCGGUUUAUCUGUGAUGGUCUGCAGCGCUGCCGUCUGCCAAAGCCAAACAGUCAAAUGUUCGUGUGCGACAAAACAGACAACUUUAUUCAGAUCAAAUAUAAGUGCCACAAACGACUGCCCGCUGUGAAGAAAGUUGUCGCCUGUGAAAAAGAAACAGCACAUCUCCAAUGCGAUCCUUCAAAGGACCUCAUGAUUAUCAGAGCUAAAUAUGGACGCUUUGAUGAACAUCUCUGCUCUAAAACCCCUUCAAUUAUGACUUUCUGCUCGAGCAUGUCAGCCCAGAUGAUUGUUCAAGAUGAGUGUAACGGUAUGAAUGAGUGCAGCAUCACUGCAGACGAAUCCCUGGGUGUUCCGCAUCACUGUGAUGACACUCCCAAGUACCUCAUUGUGGACUAUGAGUGUCUGUAAUUAGACAUCGGUGCACGCAGUGGCCAGAAGUGGAGCAGUAUCUCAACAGGAG